ACCAUGGCGAACGUGAUGCUGACGAGCGAGGCGGCCAAGGACCCCAACAAGCCCUUCGCGCUGCGCGUGGAGGACGUCUGCGUCAAGUUCGACGAGCUGGUGUCCGAGUGCCUCACGCUCGUGCAGUCCGAGGAGCAGUUCCCUGAGGGCGAGGGCCAGACGGGCGUGGAGGACCAGGUGGUCAAGAAGCUCGAGCAGUUCAACUCGGUGUGCGACGAGCUCUACAAAGAGAUACUGCGACGGAAGGAGAGGCUGCUGAACCUCAUGGAGAAGAGCCCCAAGAACGUGGAUCUGCACCGCCAGAUCCAGACGGCGGGCAACCUGGCGCAGGUGGUGGGCGACUUCCGACACUUCCUCGAGACGGGGGUCAAUGCCACACCCCAACAGCCACCGCAGCAGCCCAAAGAGUAACUUCUCACAAUCAAAGAGAGCGGGCCACGCGCCCGCAGUUGUAUUUUCGACCU